CGGGGCGGGAGCGGCUGCCUAAGAUGCGGCUGGGCUGCCUCUCCGGCUCCCAAGCGCCCAGCAUCCUCCUCCUCCUCCUCCUCUUCCUCUCCCCGGGGACCCUGGCCGAGGAUCGCAGCCCGGAGCGCCGGUGCCGCCUGCCGUGCGAGUGCCCCGCCGAGCCGCCCGCCUGCGAGCCCGGCGUGCCGCCGGUCUUAGACGGCUGCUCCUGCUGUCUGACUUGCGCCCGGCAACGCGGGGAAAACUGCUCCGAAGCGACGCCCUGCGAUGAGAGCGCCGGCUUGUAUUGCGACCGCGCAGCGGGAAGGGAAGCCGGCUUGGGCGUCUGUAUGGACCUUGAAGGAGACAACUGUGUUUUUGAUGGGAUUAUUUAUCGAAGCGGGGAAACCUUCCAGCCCAACUGUAAAUACCACUGUACCUGCAGGGAUGGACAGAUCAGCUGUGUGCCCCUCUGCAAUGUUGAUUUGUUGCUUCCUGGCCCCGAAUGCCCCUUCCCAAGGAAAGUUGAAGUUCCAAAGGAAUGCUGUGAACAGUGGUCGUGUGAUCCUAAAACGGAAGACACCGCAGACUUUGCAAUGGAAGGAUUCAGACAGGAAGCUACCUUGGGGGCUGAAGGUUCUGACUCCAGUUCUAACUGCAUUGAGCAGACAACGGAAUGGAGCGCCUGUUCCACCAGCUGUGGCAUGGGAGCCUCCACCAGAGUCACCAACAAGAACCCGAUGUGUGAGAUGGUGAAAGAGAUGAGGCUAUGUGAAGUGCGCCCCUGUGAAAAGAGUCCACCACCUGAUAAGAAGGGGAAAAAAUGCCUCCGAACCAUAAAGUCUCCCACAGCUGUCCAUCUGGAAUACCAGAACUGCACGAGCAUCCAGAUGUAUAAAGCCCGUUACUGUGGCAUCUGCAAUGAUGGACGAUGCUGCACGCCACACAUGACCAAAACAAUCCAGGUGGAAUUCCAUUGCCCUCAAGGCAACACCAUCCAGCAUCCGGUGAUGUCCAUUAUUAGCUGUGUGUGUCACAAGAACUGUCCUCAGAAUAGCAACGCUUUUGUGCGAAAGCUCAGUUGAAUGAGCCGCUCCAAAAAUCACCAGACUAGCCUUCUGAUGCUUUAAUGUAACAUGUAUCUUCUCUCUUUUGGGGGGAGGGCGGAAGGGUCAGACGCUUUGAUUCCCGAAUCCCGUCUGUCUAUCAUUUGAUUUCUAGAUAACCCAGUUCAGUUCCUGUGGAAUUUUUUUUUUUUUUUUGAAAUUGUGCUUGCUUCAAACAAUGUUGCCUCAUUAAAAUAUUGUCACUUGGGAAAUGUGCAACUUUUCUUUCUUAGCGGUUUUUCCUUUCUUGGCUACCUGCAGGAGUGAAAUCCAGCAGGUUCUGAUAGGUUCUGGAGAACCG